GUUCGCCUGUGGAUCAUUACAAGGAACGAAAAAAGGACUCACCCACCAUUAUUCAGGUCGGAUUCCAGCCCCUCCCUCCCACAACCCCCCCAUUCUCCACGAAAAACAAUUCCCCCUCCGCCCCCCCUUCCGAAACACAACAUCGGUCCUGUGUGAAGGAGGAGCGACAGCAGAGAGAAUCCAUCCUUACACUCUCCGGUCGCGUCUAGUUCCACCUGCCCAACAUGAGUGACGCGCAGGCAAGCGAGGCGGAGAAGAACAUUGAGAUAUGGAAGGUGAAGAAGCUGAUCAAGCGGCUUGAAGCUGCUCGAGGAAACGGAACCAGCAUGAUCUCUUUGAUUAUCCCGCCCAAGGAUCAAGUCUCUCGAGCUGCGAAGAUGUUGGCUGAAGAAUACGGUACCGCCUCCAACAUCAAGUCGCGUGUCAACCGGCAGUCUGUGCUCUCCGCCAUCACGUCCACCCAGCAGAGGCUCAAGCUGUACAACAAGGUCCCGCCCAAUGGACUUGUCGUCUACUGUGGCGAAAUCUUGACUUCCGAAGGCAAGGAGAGAAAGGUCAACAUCGACUUCGAGCCCUUCAAGCCCAUCAACACGUCCCUCUACCUCUGCGACAACAAGUUCCACACCGAGGCGCUAGCCGAGCUACUCGAGUCGGACCAGAAGUUCGGGUUCAUUAUUAUGGACGGUAACGGCGCCCUGUUUGGCACCCUGAGCGGCAAUACCCGAGACGUCGUCCACAAGUUCUCGGUCGAUCUACCCAAGAAGCACGGUCGUGGUGGUCAAUCUGCUCUUCGUUUCGCCCGUCUCCGUGAAGAGAAACGGCACAACUACGUCCGCAAGGUUUCUGAGCUUGCGGUCCAGAACUUCAUCACCAACGACAAGGUCAACGUUGCGGGCAUCAUCUUGGCAGGGUCUGCGGAUUUCAAGAACGAUCUCAACGCGUCCGACAUGUUCGACAACCGUCUACAAACCAAGGUCAUCAAGGUCGUGGACGUCUCAUACGGCGGCGAGAACGGCUUCAACCAGGCCAUUGAACUGUCGUCCGAGACUCUGGGCAACGUCAAGUUUAUUCAAGAGAAGAAGCUGAUUGGCAAGUACUUCGACGAGAUCAGCCAGGACACGGGCCGUGUUUGUUACGGUAUCGAAGACACUCUCAAGGCACUGGAACUCGGCGCUGUCGAGACCCUCAUUGUCUUCGAAAACCUCGAGAUUAACCGCUGGGUGCUCAAGGAUUCUGCAGGCGCCGAGAUUAUUCUUCACACCACCAAGCAACAGGAGGCUAGCAACCGAGACAAGUUCAUGGACAAAGAAACCGGCCAGGAGAUGGAGAUUGUCUCUCAGGAGUCCUUCCUAGAAUGGAUUGCCGAGCACUACAAAGACUUUGGAACAACUCUUGAGUUUGUGUCAGAUCGGUCUACCGAGGGCAACCAGUUCGUCAAAGGCUUCGGUGGAAUUGGCGGCAUCCUUCGGUACAAGGUCAACUUCGAGCAGCUAGCUGACCUGGACGACGAUGAUGAUUACUACGACGGUAAGAUAGCCGGGUGGCAACCCUUGGGGGGCCCACAAACGCUAACUUAGCCUGUAGAUUGACAGUUUGAAUCCCUCGUUGACAACGAGGGACCAAGCGCUCAAGUAACCCCGUCGAAGCGGGCAUCU